AUGGUAGAUUUGCCUUGGGACAUCAUCUCCAGCAUCCCUCAGAAUGACGAAAUUUGGAGCAUGGCGACGGCGAGGGGCAACUUCCUUCGACUCUGGCUCGGACUUGUGAUUCUUGCUUGGAUUGGUGACUGCUACACCAUCUUACUGGCCCUUUUCAUGGUGCUGAUGCUUCUUCCAGUGAUCUACGUCACGAUCCUCCUCUUCACCGACCGCCAGCUGCUGUGGCACCAAGUCACUCAGUGCUUUCGCCGACUGGAGCGACUAGAGAAAGUGGCCGCAGAAACGACGUGGCCACAGUGGAGUUCGCUUUGGCCUCAGACCCCACGAGACAAGCGCAAGUGUGCCUCGGUAGCGGUCGCGGCCGGCCUCUCGGCAGUGCAAAGAGGCACAGAUUUGCUGCUAUGUUUGCAAAAGCUUUAUGCGACUAUUACUCACUCAGGUGCCUUUCUGUUGCUUUCCCUGCUCUUGCUGGGCUCCCUUCACGAGUGCUUCAUGAUGCACGAGCAGUUAGAGGCCAUGGCCAUGGAGGUGAAUAGUGAAGAGAUGGCGACGCGCAUGGCGCAAGAGCAAGUGGACAGGAGAACGUCGAUCAGUGUCGAGGCCCGGCUGCAGCAGUUGCGAGACCCUUUCGGAGGCCAAGAUGGCCAACAGAGCACAGCAGAGCAGUCGUCUUAUUCCAGCACCGGUUCGGCGGCGCACUCGCAGAAGUCGGGUCCUACAGACGCACUCGCAGAAGUCGGAGGUCGCCGGUUGACGCCGCCACCGGGUGGCACCGGGGCAAACGGCGGUUCAGGAGUCAAGGUGAAAAGAGCUGCAGAUGGAUCGCCGCUGCCUUGGCGCUCCAGUGCUGCCACCGGGCCGCCGAACCCCGUGCCGUUCCGUUCACUCCGCACCGCGGCGGCCGAACGAGCGGCCAGACCGGCCGCUGCAAUGGGCUCUGGGGGUGGCAGUCGGAGGCUCCAGACGCCUGCGCCGUUGGGCGAGCCCGCGCCCGCGCAGCACCCACAUGCGCGGGACCCGCCACGGGGCUCCUCGGACGGUGCCGCUGGCGAUGACCUAUUGACGAUGCAGAAGGCAAAGAUCCUUUUUUGCAUCCUGGCCCGCGGCAGCGACUCCAAAGAUGCCUGGCCAAAGUCGCCACGAGGCGCUGCCCACUUCGGAAACACGCGGGAUGACGUCGCCCGUUCCUUGAUCACCGCACUGUCGCCGGAGGAGAACCCCUCAGGCGAUGCCGCGGUGGUGCUGAUUUUCGAAAAUACUCGAAGGACACCCAGCAAGAAUUGGUGGGUUUUACAGCCAGAGUUCCUUGAAGACUUGCCGGUCCUCACCGAGUACACGGUGCUGCGGCGAUGCCAAGAGCUGGCGGAGUUCGCCUUUGCGCAGGACUUCAAGGGCCAAGCCUUGGGCCCUCCUCCACCCAGGCCUCCUGGUGCUUUCCUCCUCCAACAGCAAGGCCUCGAAGCCACGGCCUUGCACUUCUUGCACUCUUUGGGGCCUUUGGGUGGGGCCUUGGUGCUUUUGGACGAGACCUUCCCCUGUUUGCCGGUCGCGGAUCGAGCGCGUGCCGGUGCCACAGGCCCUGAUGAAGAACCUCAUCGCGUGGUGUUCUUGUUGGGAUUGAGGGAGCCAUUGAGCGCGCAGCAGAUCGACGCCUUCACCGGUGCGGCAGCCCAGGCUGCCUGGAAGAUUCAACGGCGGAGCUUGGGCUGGGUUGGCGAGUUCACCUCAAAGGUCAUCGCCCGGCUGCAGGUUCUUCAUGGCUUUGGCCAACUGUUACCAGCACUGAGCUGGCCGCAGGAGGAGGAGCAAUUCACCUCUGCCCUGGGCUGGCCUUGCCCUCGCAGUCGACCGGGAGGUCUCUUCGCGCGGGAUGGGCCGUUGCUGCACUUCGUGCUGCCGGCAGACAUGAGGCUGGAGGACUUGACACCGGAUCCCUGCAGCCCCUUUGCAGGCGCCUGCAGCCGCAUCGCCCGCUGCUGCAUCGCAGGCCUUUGGCGGGCGCAUCAUGCUUGGGAUCGCUGCCGGCUUUCCUUUGCCUUUCGUGACGCCGUGGUCACGGUCAACCGGCGAUUCAAAGGACGCUUUCGCAUGAAGCGGCAGAUGGAGUACCACAUCCUGCGGGAGCUUCAGCAGCUGGUGGAGGACGCCCUGCAGAGUGAACGUCGUCUAGGGCGUCACGCAGUGGCCGUGAGGGCAGCCCGGAGGGUCCAGCUGAUUGAUGAUGAUGGCCCGAACUUGCUGUACAGGAGCGACGCGGUGGUGGAGUUGCAUUUGGAUCAUGAUCCCAGUGCCCUUGAGGAGCCUCCAGGCUGUGCACGGGAGCUGGCCGAAGAUCUUCUCGAGGCCUUGUGGCGCCCAGAGUUUCCAGAAGACGAUCGCCCUCCCAGCUGCAUGGUCCUCCUGUGCUUCCUCUCCACCUCCAACCCCUGGCACCACGCCCCGUCCUCGUCGACGUCCUCCUCACGCGCGCGGUUGCGCUGUGGACCCUUCUCAGCGUUGACGGUGCUGCAGAGCGCCAUCUUGGGAGAGGAUGGUUCUGGAAAGGAAUUGCUCUCCCAGCUGCUGCUACCAGUCAAAGAGUCGAUAAAAGUCGAAGUCAAAGAGUUGAAGUCGAAGUGCUCGGUUCUUGUCAAGGAAUCUUGA